AUGGGCGCGGGCCGUGGCGGGGUGGGGCAGGGGCGGCCCCGGUGGGGACCGGGGCUGCUCCGGGGGGUCCCGGUGCCCCCCGCUCUCCUCAUGCAGGGCAUGGGGAGCCUCCGGCUGGGCAGCCGCGCCGUCAUGUACACGGCGGAGACCCUCCCCAAGGGCAAGAACCGCGUCAUGGGGACCAUCCAGAUUAUGACGGGAUUCCUGCACAUCGGUUUCGGGAUCGUCCUGACCACGCUGACCAAUGUCUACACCUCCGUCUUCGUCAUCGGAGAGAUCCCCUUCCUGGGCGGCGUGUCUUUCAUCAUCUCCGGGUGCCUCUCCAUCGGCGCUGAGAAGAGCCCCACGGAAUGCGCGGUGAAGGGCAGCCAGACCAUGAACGUCAUCAGUGCGAUCUUCGCGCUCCUGGGAAUCGUAGCCUUCAUCGUGGACCUCAACCUCAACGGGCUCUACCGCUCCAGCUUCAACUACUACAGCUAUCUCGUCCUGCUCGCAGGGAAUGGGAUUUCCAUCGUGCUGCUCAUCUUCACCAUCCUGGAAUUCUGCAUCGCCGUGGCCACCGCCAAUUUCUGGUGCCGGGCCACCCGCCUCAGCUCCAACGAGGCCAUGCUGAUUGUCCCCAGUGCCACCCGUGUGGAUCUGGCCGUGCCACCGGCGGAGCUGCCUCAGCCUCCCAGCUACAGCGAGCUAGCUGCUCCUGAAGUUUGACACCGAGGAUGUUGGAAUGGGAUCCUGCCUCCAUCACUCCUAAAUCCCAGAGCUACGGCAUCCUCCUCCCACUGUGCUGCCGGCUGGGAUGCGCUGGUCCCCCCUCAAAAGCCAGGGACACCCCCAAAUUCCCUGCCCCUCUGCCCCUGGGCCUGGUCUGAGGGGCUCCACUUGCUGGCUGCUGUGGGAAGGGGCUUCUCCAAGGGGGAAAUCUUGGGCAAUUCCUGCCUGUGAAUCCCUGGCGGGAUGCUGGGGUUCGCUCAUGUUGGGGUUCAGGAAUUCCUGGUGGUUUGGAGUGACCCCGAUGUGUGCUGGGAGCCGGGCAGGUCACCGGAGCAUCUACCUCGGCUCGUCCCCUGUUGGCUUCAUUUUCUCUUGGGAAUAAACGCUCUCUCCGGGCUUGUGUC